UCCCGAACAGAUGUAGUUUUAGUUGAAACCUAGAUUUCCGUUGACUAGGUAAGCCAACCAGAGGCGAUGAUAUUCAGAAUCACAUUUUAGCAGCAUUCACAUCUCCCGUAUCUUAUACGUUCGGCUGCAGAAUCUAGGCCAUGUAGUACAUGAUAUGAUAGUACAAUCCUUAUUCAUAUAUACCUGCUGCAAUUCCCACAUAUCAAGCGGAAAAAAGUUACUAGUCACCAAUCCCAUCAAUGGCUGCUGCAAUGCCCACAAGAUCCACCAUAGCUUACUUUGCACUUAUGUUUCUGGCAUUGCUAAUUCCACUAAUUGCAGCCCACGGUGGCUCAGACGAUGACCACCAUGAUGAUGAUGAUGUGAAGCCCGAUUUAAGAGCUAAAUCUUUAAUUCUGGUAAAAAUCUGGUGUCUCAUCAUCGUUUUCGUUGCGACCUUCGGCGGAGGAAUAUCUCCUUAUUUUUUCAGUUGGAAUCAGACGUUUCUUUCGGUGGGUACUCAAUUCGCAGGAGGAGUUUUCUUGGGGACGGCCUUAAUGCAUUUCUUGAGCGAUUCAGCAGAGACUUUUGGAGAUUUGAGUGAGAAAGAGUAUCCGUUCGCAUUCAUGCUCUGUACUGCCGGAUAUUUGCUUACUAUGCUGGGAGACCUGGUCGUCACUUGGGUUUACGCCAAGCAAUCAGACAAGACUGUCCAAUUGGUCCCUGUUUCCUUGCAACCAAGAGAUGAUCUUGAAGAAUUCCCUGCACACACUGGAGAUACCACCUUCAGAUAUCAGGAGGCCAAGGCGCCAUUACCUAGUUCGGCUUCUGUGGGUGACAGUUUAUUACUGAUAUUGGCACUCUGUUUUCAUUCUGUCUUUGAAGGAAUCGCCAUCGGAGUAGCAGAAACGAAGGCGGAUGCGUGGAGGGCGUUGUGGACAGUGUGUCUGCACAAGAUAUUCGCAGCAAUUGCAAUGGGCAUAGCACUACUGCAGAUCGUUCCAAACAGGCCAUUCUUAUCAUGUGCAGCGUAUUCUUUUGCUUUUGCCAUAUCCUCCCCAAUUGGGAUUGCAAUCGGCAUAAUAAUCGAUUCCACUACAGAGGGACGUGUUGCCGAUUGGAUUUAUGCAAUUUCAAUGGGUUUGGCCUGUGGAGUUUUCAUUUACGUGGCAAUAAACCAUCUUCUCAAUCGAUGGAGCAAACACCAUAGCUCUCAAAAGGCCGAGGUUACAUUUUAUAAACCAUUUUACAAUUACAUGGCAGUUGUUUUGGGAGCUGGAGUAAUUGCAGUGGUGAUGAUUUGGGAUUAGAGAACCUCAAUGAUUUGAAUGAUAAAUCUUGUGUUUUUCACAUUCCAAGUUCAGUUUUGUUGUAAUGUGAAAAUAUCUUGAAGCCGACAAGGCUGCAACUUUCAAAACAGAGUUGGUUGGAGACGUUUCUGAGAUCGAAUUGAUUGAUUGAAAGACUUUUGGAUCUUGACCACGCACACGACUCUUCCCAUUAGAAAAGUAAAGCAAGUUUGGCUAUAUUUAGUUAACUUAUCUGUGAAAUAACUCUUUUUUAUGUAAUGAAAUUGAAAAACAGAUAUGAUUGAAGGGAGCUGGGAACCCACCUUCACUUGAAUUCAUGCUAAGAUACCAAGAAUUGUAUUGUAGGUUCAUAGUA